AUGUCGCACGACGCGUACGAAAGCGACACUGGCGAUCGCGACAUACCCAGCGUCGACAACUUCCUCACGAACACGCCUGUCGAGCGGCGCAUUUUCCCCGCCAAACGCAAAAAGGCCCUCAACCGCCGUGGCCGCGCGAUCUGUCGCAUCGCAUACGCACAUGACUUCCCCAUCGCGCAAAUCGCGCGCAUUUUCGGUGUGGCGUACCCCACCGUGGACCACACCCUGCAAGAAUUCCGCCAGUACCACCUGUACGACCAGCCCGAGAACGACUACUACUACGCCGGUGAGGAAUGGGCCAAGGCAUUCCCGCGCAAGGAAGAGGAGGUCGAGAAGGAGCGGAAGAGAAAGUUGGGAAAGCGGCAGGGCGAGAAGAUUUCACUGUCAACAGGACGCAGGGUAGGCAAGCGGCCACGGUAUUCUUCUCCGAAGAGCGAUCCAGACGACGACGAGGGUGAUUCAAGUUCGGCCUCGGAUGGCGAAAACGACUGGGACACCGACUCUGGCUCCUCGUUGUCUGCAUGUGAACGGUCCGACGCGGAUGAAAACCAAGACUCUAUUCCCGACCCCCCCGCUAUUCCCAAACCCCCGCCCUCGUUCGUUACGCCGCUGGAGCCAGAUAAACCGAAGCGACCAACUGUGAAGAAGCCAUUUAUGACAGGCUACCCGUCGCCUACCCCGUCCUUCCGAGAAACUUCCGCUGGGACACAGGCGCCAACAGGUGGCAGCAGCUCGCAACAAAGUCCAAAGCCAAAGCUUAUACGUCGCCUUCCUGCAGUAACUCAUCGCCCACCUGCCACCUCCGCGAAUGACGGCUCUACCCUGACGGACUUCCUCUCCCGCAUCACUAUCCCCGGGACGAAUCUCAACACGCCUGCGCACAUCGAGCUCUUCACCUUGCAAGGGCUGACCAUCGAUCGACUGAAAGUGAUAGCCCGCUGGCCACGCGACGACCUAACAAAAGGACUCCGCCGACUUUUGCUGCGGGGGCCAAACGACGCUGCUGGGACGAGGCUGGACGUGUUUGAGGUGGCAAUGCUGGAACACGCGGUUAGAAAACUGGCGGGAUCUCAUGAAGCGAAACCCUUCCCAUUAAGCAACAUACACGACUCGCCGUCCCUGCAGCACUUCCUCCACUCAGUCUACGCGCUCGACCUUUCCGCACACCUGCAGCUUUUCGUGGCGAAUGCAUAUACGCUCGAACGGCUCAGGGCACUGAGUGUUGCUUUUGCGGAGUCGUCGGCCGAUGAGCUGGGGAGCAUCCUUGAAAGCGGACUCGGCCGUCGACGAAAUGCUGGCGCCUCGGCUGGAAUGGCGCCUCUCGAGUUACUUGCACUGGAAUUUGCGUUGCGGAGCACCAGCGCGGGCAAUAUUCAAUCUUGA